CGCCCCCAGUCUCGCGAGAGCUGAGAGGCGGAAAAUGGCGCUGACGUGAGCGCGAGCUCGCACUGCCCAGAGGGUGGCCGCCGCCUAAGCUGCGGCCGCCGGAGCCGCAGAAACAAGAGGCCGAGCCGUGUCGAAGAUGGAGGAGAAACCCUCAGGGCCCAUCCCGGACAUGCUGGCCACUGCAGAGCCCAGCUCCAGUGAGACCGACAAGGAGGUGUUGUCCCCGGCUGUGCCAGCUGCAGCCCCCUCCUCCUCCAUGUCAGAGGAGCCAGGCCCUGAGCAGGCAGCCACACCGCCAGUGUGGGAACGUGGACGGGCUGGAGGGAUGCAGCAGGGCUCCUCCCCAGCUCCAGACAGCUGCCAGCCUGGCCCCGGACCCAGCCCUGGCCUGACCAGCAUAGUCUCCGGGACCAGCGAGGACCUGCGGCCUCCCAGACGACGCCCACCUCCAGGGAAGCAAAUCCCUUGCUCCAGCCCUGGCUGCUGCCUCAGUUUUCCCAGCGUCCGUGACCUGGCACAGCAUCUGCGAACCCACUGCCCGCCCACACAGUCCCUGGAAGGCAAGCUCUUCCGCUGCUCAGCCCUGAGCUGCACCGAGACCUUCCCCAGCAUGCAGGAGCUGGUGGCUCACAGCAAACUGCACUACAAACCCAAUCGCUACUUCAAGUGUGAGAACUGCCUCCUGCGCUUCCGCACGCACCGCUCGCUCUUCAAGCACCUGCAUGUUUGCGCGGAGCAUGCGCAGAGCCCAGCCCCGCCGCCACCCCCGGCCCUGGACCGAGAGCCGCCCGCGCCGGAGCGCCCCCCGGAGGUUGACCCCGCAUCAGCGCCGGGCCUGCCGUUCCCGCUGCUGGAACCCUUCACGACCCCCGCCCCUGCCCCCACCGGACCGUUCCUGCCCUACUUGAACCCUGCGCCCUUUGGCCUAAGCCCCCCGCGCCUGCGCCCCUUCCUGGCCGCUGCACCCGGGCCGCCGGCUUCCAGCGCCGCCGUCUGGAAAAAGGGCCAAGGUGCUGGCAGCAGCCCCCGAAGACCCCAGGGCGGCUCCGACGCGCCCUCAGGGCACGCGGCCCCGAGCCGCAUCGUGUGGGAGCACACACGCGGCCGCUACUCGUGCAUGCAGUGCGCCUUCUCCACGGCCUCGCGGCCCGCCAUGACCCUGCACCUGGAGGACCACCGCCCCGGCGCCCCCGCGGCCCCCGCGCCCGGGCCGCCGCGCCCCGACGCCCCCGCGGAUCCGGCCCCGCUUGCACCCAAGGUGUCGCCGCUGCUGUCAGAGGGGGAGCUUCCAGUGUUCUCGCAGCUCUGAAUCCCGCCGCUUUGGGGAUGGGCCAUGGGAUGUGGGUAGUUUUGUCAUUUGGAGGGGGCUGCAGGGAAGGGGGGCUGGGGUGGACAAUAAAGAAGGCGCCAUGAGCCAGCCUAUGCUGUGUUCCCAUCCCUUGCCCAUCCAAAGCAUAGUGGGCUCGAGCCCAGCAGUCAUGGAGCGAUCACAUCUUGGGAGGACUACCUGGGUCCACAGGUGCAGGCCUCACAGCCCACCUGUGUCCUAUCUUCCCAUCACCCCAAUCCUGGGACCCAGGUCCCCACCUCCAGCUGUGGUUGAGGUCCCCAGUACCCACUGUGGCAGCGUUCUCCCUUGUCCAGAAACCAAAUGGGAUGGGGACUCUCCAGUUUUUUGUUUUUUUUUUUUUUUGAGACAGUCUUGCUCUGUCUCCCAGGCCGGAGUGCAGUGGCGCAAUCUCGUCUCACUGCAAGCUCCACCUCCUGGGUUCACGCCAUUCUCCUGCUUCAGCCUCCCAAGUAGCUGGGACUACAGGCGCCCACCACUAUGCCCGGCUAAUUUUUUGUAUUUUUAAUAGAGAUGGGGUUUCACCGCGUUAGCCAGGAUGGUCUCGAUCUCCUGACCUCAUGAUCUGCCCGCCUCAGACUCCCAAAGUGCUGGAAUUACAGGCGUGAGCCACCACGCCCGGCCUCCAGUUUUCUUUUAAGAAGUCCCGGCCGGGCACAGUGGCUCACGCCUGUAAUCCCAGCACUUUGGGAGGCUGGGGCAGGUGGAGCACCUGAGGUCAGGAGUUCGAGACCAGCCUGAGUUACAUGGUAAAACCCCAUCUCUACUAAACACAAAAAAUUAGCCAGGUGUGGUGGCGCGCCCCUGUAAUCCCAGCUACUUGGGAGGCUGAGGCAGGAGAAUCACUUGAACCUGGGAGGUGGAAGUUGCAGUGAGCUGAGAUUGUGCUAUUGCACUCCAGCCUGGGCAAUACGAGUGGAACUCCAUCUCAAAAAUAAAGAAAAUUAAAAAGCAA